AUGCAGGCCACGCGGCUGUGGAUCGGAAUGUACACAACUCCCCGACUGCGGAGGCGGAUAAUGUUCUGGACGAUCACGGUCCUCAGCUUCAUCCUGCUUGCCGGCGAAUGGGGUGCGUUUGUACACUACCGCAAGGAUAAUACGACGCACGGAGGGGGUGCGUCGGCGCUGCUGGAGGCCCUGGGCAGCCUGCCCUUCUCCUUCGAGGCGGCCAGCGUCACCGUCGGCAUCAACAUCGCCACGCGGUAUGGCGAACACGCCCCAUUCGCCCGCGAGUAG